AUGCGAUUACUAAUUAUUUUAUCUAUACUGGUUAUUUUGUGCUCAGCUUACGAGGAUCUCUACAUUCUUAUUGAUGAAAUCAGUUUAUAUAAUUGCAGAGGAGUCAAAAAUGAAAUAAAAAUAGAAGAUGAAGAUGUAAAUAUUAUUAAUGAAAAGGGAAACAAGGUAUAUUACAUCCACGCUCCUGGAAACUACUCAUUGCACUUCAAGCGGAUCAAAGUGGAGAAAGAUUUUGGCUUUUUAGCCGGUGAAAUUGGCGUUACACUACAAGUGCCCAUUAUCGAAGGACCAGCUGGUAUUCGAUUUGACUUACCGUAUACGAUGGUGCCAGAAACUGGAUUACUUUCACAACAAUGCGAUGAAUUUAGUGGUAUAAUCGAAAGAAAUGGACGACAAUAUUGCAGAUAUUGUGAUUUGUGCGGGGUUGGAGAGCGUCUGCAAGAAGAACUGAAUGGAGAAGGGCAUCAGUUUCUACCUUCUUUGCCUGGUGAUACCCAGACAGACGGUCAGAGGUGUGGGUCAGUAUCUGCCAGGGAGUACGAUUUCAAGAGAACCAUCAGCUUACCAAACAGAAACACUCUCGAGCAGCUAAUCCGAAGUAAAGUGCAAGGAGUGGAUGAUGAAGUCAAAAAGAGACUUAACAAAGGGCGAGGCCGUUUUCAAGUGUUUCUCAAUCUCAUAGCUGCAGACAAACCUUCUAUUUCAAAAAAGCGAUGGUUCGAAGGUUCCAAAGAGUGCAAAUGCUGUGAAUCUCCGACAACAUCAUGCGGUUCGCUGGCAUAUCUCUACUGCAACAUUGAAGACUGUAAAAGUGGCUGGGCGUUACAGUGCUUGCAUAACUCCGCUAGAAUAGCUGCUUGUUACACUGUGGAAUUCAAUUACAGAAUGACAACAUCAUACGCGGAAGUGAUACAGUUCCUCCAGCAGAAUGGCUAUCCUGACCAGGAAGUGAUUUCGACGGUUCCACAGCCAACGCAAAGGGCAAAAUCUCCUCCGGAUGAGCCAGUACCUGCUGCAACGCAGGAAAUGUCAUUAUCUGAGCGAUGUGUAGCAGCGAUAGAAGAACGGAAAACGCAUCUGAGGAGGUUUGCUUCUUAG